GGCGGGCAGCGGCCGCUGACGCGGGGCGCCGGCUGCCAACUUCGCGCGCGCGGAGCUGCCCGCCGGCGCGGUCCCGGCGGUGCGGGCGGCAUGAAGACGAGCCGCCGCGGCCGAGCGCUCCUGGCCGUGGCCCUGAACCUGCUGGCGCUGCUCUUCGCCACCACCGCCUUCCUCACCACGCACUGGUGCCAGGGCACGCAGCGGGUCCCCAAGCCCGGCUGCGGCCAGGGCGGGAGCACCAACUGCCCCAACUCGGGCGCCAACGCCACCACGGUCAACGCCACGGCCGCCCCCGCCGCUGCCGCCGCCGCCGGCCAAGGCGCCCCGGGCGGCGCGCUCUACAGCUGGGAGACGGGCGACGACCGCUUUCUCCUGAGGAAUUUCCACACCGGCAUCUGGUACUCGUGCGAAGAGCAGCUCGGCGGGAGCGGUGAGAAAUGUCGCAGCUUCAUUGACCUGGCCCCAGCAUCGGAGAAAGGGGUCCUGUGGCUGUCGGUGGUCUCCGAGGUGCUGUACAUCCUCCUGCUGGUGGUUGGCUUCAGCCUCAUGUGUCUUGAGCUCUUCCACUCCAGCAAUGUCAUCGACGGACUCAAGCUCAACGCCUUCGCUGCCGUCUUCACGGUGCUGUCAGGCCUCCUGGGAAUGGUCGCCCACAUGAUGUACACACAGGUGUUCCAGGUCACCGUGAGCCUCGGCCCCGAGGACUGGAGACCUCACUCGUGGGACUACGGGUGGUCUUUCUGCCUGGCGUGGGGCUCCUUCACCUGCUGCAUGGCAGCCUCGGUCACCACGCUCAACUCCUACACCAAGACGGUCAUUGAGUUCCGGCACAAACGCAAAGUCUUCGAGCAGGGCUACAGGGAGGAGCCGACCUUCGUAGACCCAGAGGCCAUCAAGUACUUCCGGGAGAGGCUCGAGAAGGGCGAGUGUAGCGAGGAGGAGGACCUGCGCUUGGACUGCCGCCACGAGCGCUACCCGACCCGUCACCAGCCGCACAUGGGGGACUCCUGGCCCCGGGGCUCGGCACAGGAAGCGGCACCAGAGCUGAGUCACCAGUGCUGGGUGCUGGGGCACUGGGUGUGACAGACGUCCCGGUCUACUUGCUGGGUCUCAGGCUGUGGCUGGCAUCACCUCCCCGGCGCCCUGGAAGCCUGGCCUGUGUGCUGUGGAACUCGGCCAGACUUGUCCUGCCCGCCUGCCUGGCAAUCCUGGACGUGGGGGGCCAGGAUGAGACCAAGGGCUUUACCUGGCUGCACAGAGACCUCACCAAGGCAGCCCUGCCUGAACUCUUGACGUUACCAAGGGCAGAGCCCACCGGGCACAAUGGUGACACCAGAAGGGGCAUGGACACUGGUCACUGAGUGUGGCCGAGACACCCAUGAGCCACCAGGAAGCUGAGGAGGUGCCUGGUGUGUGUGUUUGAGGAAGGAACAGCACGCUGGCAUAGCAAGAGGUCACACAGCAGGCACACAGCAGGGGCUCAAUAAAUGCUUCUUGAACCUGUU